AAAAAAAAAAAAAAAAAAAAUGCCACAACCUCAGAUAUUAAAGUCUCCCGCGGUACUCUACCCUUUCCAUGGGAUCCAAUAUCUUUCGCAACACAUCCCACAAUUAGGUCCCCAAUUCAUCCGUUCACUCGCUGUCUCGUUCAUCACCACCCUUGCGAUCCUAAUCCCACUCUCUGCACUCACCUAUAAAUUACAACGCCGACUCGUUUGGUCCGUCUUGCGUUUCAUUUUCUCUACUUUUUCUUUUCUGGUCCCGUCUUCGCUUAAAUCUUUAUCCUUUUUGGGCCAUAACCUAACCACAUGGUCAACCCUUUUCCUCACCAUGGGUGAGACCUCUCUCGUCGUCGCCCUGGUCAUGGGUGAGGUCGUUAAAAGAGAGAAAACCAAGAGUCUUUUCAACGCCGUGCUGGUCCAGAACAAUGUCUCGGUCGGUCCCCUAACUACGGUUACUCAUCACCACCCUAUUGCUGAUACGACCCAUACAAAGGAUAAGGACGGUGAGAGCAGUGAUAGUGAUGAUGAUAAUGCCAAGGACAAUGAUAUCAAGUAUAGACAAGAUAGCGCUAGCAAGGAUACAAUCAACGUGGCCAGCACCAACUUGUCCCCACAGGUAACUCAACGUCGUAAACGGGAUGUGAUUAAAUCAGCCUCGGUCGAUUUGGGUCAGCGGAUCCUGCUUUGGUUCGUGACGUUGCCUCUGAAUUUCAUCCCGGUGGUUGGACCUUUGACGUUCUGUUACAUCAAUGCGAAGGCACGUAUUCCAGAUAUCCAUCGACGUUACUUUGAUCUGAAGGAGAUGACAGUGGAUGAGAGAGAGGCCUGGAUCAAGGCACAUCAAAGUGAUUACAGAGCAUUUGCGUUCGUCAGUCAAGCAUUGGAGUUGAUCCCAUUAUUGGGCAUCUUUUUCAGCUUUACCAACACGAUUGGUGCCGCACUUUGGGCCGUAGAGCUGGAGCGAGAUCAAGAGACACUUCGAAAAAGCAAAAGAGAGUAGAUGAUGCUGGGUAUUCCAAGCAUAAACUCGCCAAAAUUUGCAGAUUAAGUACAGUAAUAAAAGUUGU